AUGAAGAUUUAUUUAAUUCUACAUGGACUUGCGAGCCUAUUUGUUACAUUUCCUGGCGCGUCCAUCACCCAACACAGUGUAAGUAUUGGCGCCGUUUUUGAGGAACCAGAUUUCGUACAUUUUAGCAACAUAUUUAACAACUCUCUAAAGGAACACCAGGAUUUGUCAGACGGUGGUAUCUUACAAGGUGUGACGAUUCCUUCAAUGAACAAUCUAUACGACAGCUUAAAGGGAAUCUGUUCCGUGUUAAAAAGCAAUAACACAAUUGCUUUUAUAGUGGUGGGUUCUAAAGAAACUGUAAAUGCCCUAACUCUUCUGACGGAACCGCUUGGAAUUCCCGUACUAGGAUAUAUAAAAAACGAUAUCCACACAGACUCAAAGCUAUUCUUGAGAAAAAUACCGAGCUCAAUGUAUAUAAAGCUGGAGCCUUCUUGGCGGUAUAUGGCCAGAGGUCUUAUAAAGUUCUUCCAGGCCAACUUCUGGUUUGAUUUUCUUCUGUAUCUGGAGGACGAUUUUCUCUUUGAUGGAUUUUACGACGAACUACACAGCAUCACGGACGAUGAUAAAUGGAACAUCAGUGAGGAAAUAUUCUCCAAAAAAAUGACCGACAAAGAAAUGUAUCGUAGUUUAAAUACCUCUGUGAACAGGCAAGAUCGGAUUAUAGUCAUCCACUCAAGUGUUGCCAUGGCCAGAAGGAUAUUUAAAGUUGUGAGCUCUGUGAAUCUUUUUUCAGAUAUACACAUAGCUUGGUUUUUAACUGAGAGGGCAUAUACUCGGAAUAAAACGGUGCUAAGGAUUUAUCCUGAAGGUAGUCUUGCCUUGCUCAUGAAUGACGCAGUCAACACUGUUGACCUGCUACAAGACGUCAUAUCACUUGUGUCGACAGUGUUCAGAGAUUUGCCAACAGAAGAUAAGCGUCUGUUUGCCAACGUCAAGUACGACUGCGACAACUUGUCAAACAUAAAUGUGUGUCUUGGAGAAAAAUUGUACAAAGAAAUAACGAAGACACAUUUCGAUGGACUGACGGGAACGUUAGAGUUCGAGGCAGACGGUUCAAUAAACAUCUCUAACUAUGAUAUCCGGAACCUAGUAACCAGCGGCCGUAACAAGGUGUGGCGGGACAUGGGCUUUAUUCGAGGACACAAUAUUAACCCUUUCGGCAUUGUAUGGCCAAGCGAGACCAUCUCCAAUCAGAUCUUUAAUGGCAAGAAGCGGUAUCGCAUUGUCACAAAUCCCGUGAAACCUUUCGUCAUGGAGCAAAAACCACAUCCGGAUUAUGACGGAUGUGCUCAGGAUACCGUCUGUUUAAAGAUAUUCACAAAGGAAAAGCAGGCUACCAUUAAGGUCAUUCGUGAUUACGAGAGUGGAAGACUAAACAAGAGUAACCCGUACGAGGUUCGUUGUUGUCGAGGCCUUGCAAUAGACCUACUUAACAGGCUCUCGCGAGAUCUCGACUUCGACUACACGUUGUACAUCGUUGGUGACGUCACAUAUGGGAAAGAGAUAAACGGAAGUUGGAAUGGUAUGGUCAAAGAUCUGAUGGUAGGGUCAGCUCAUAUGGCCGUUGCUGCCUUCAGUAUUACACGCAGUCGGUUAAAGGUCAUCGACUUUACUCACCCAUACUUUUUCUCAGGUUUUUCAGUUCUCUAUUCAGAAAGAAAACGUCAUACCCGUAUGCAUGCAUUUCUUGAACCUUUUGCACCGGAAGUGUGGGUUGCAAUUUUUGUAAGUGCUACCAUUGGUGCUAUUGCCAUUGCACUUUUCGAGUGGAAUAGUCCCUUUGGAUUAAAUCCGUGGGGUCGGAAACGAAAACAGAAUUACACGCUAGCCUCCGGAUUAACUAUGGUGUAUUCGGUGCUAUUUGGUCACACGGUUCGAACCAAGUCACCAAAGUCGUGGCCGAGUAAGGUUAUGCAGAACUUUUGGGCUUUCGCCUGUAUAUUUGUGAUAGCCAGUUAUACAGCUAACCUGGCAGCCUUUAUAGCUGGCAAACACGCAGGAAUCAAUUACCUGGAUAUCUAUGACUCUAGGAUGCUUGAUAUACGUGUGGGUGUGUUGGAGGCAAGUGCUGUCGAGUCUAUCGUAAAGAAGAUCAACUACCGAUUGUUUCUGACCAGCCAGAGACACCAUGUGCCUAAAUCAGACGAAGCUAUCGAAAUGCUGAUAGCCGAUAAACUGGAUGCCUACUUAGGUGACUACCCUAUCCUUGAGUAUGCAAGAGGGAAUUUAGACCCAAAAUGUCAGCUCAGACUUUUGUCACAACCAUUUGGCGAGGAUGGAUACGGGAUAGGUAUUGCCAAAGACUCGCCGUUAAAGAUCCCCCUGUCAGAGAAAAUAAAGGAGUACCACGAAAUUGGUUACAUUGACGAUCUCAUUGACGUGCAUUUUGCUGACGCGGAGUGUUACAAACAGAGGAUCACCUCCGAGGAGUCCCGAUUAGAAGUACUCCAUCACGCUGGGUUGUUUGUCAUGCUGUCAGGAGGAAUUGUUUUCGGAAUCCUGUUGUGUUUUGUGGAACAUGCUAUCUACAGAUGUCUUGUUCCCCGAUUCCGGAAAUCUUCCCCGAAAAGCUGUGUUAAGAGCUCCCAUCUCAUGUUUUUCAGUCAGAGAUUGCACCGCAUUCUAACCAGUGCAGAACUGGUCAAUGCCAAUGAGUCUGCUAAAGAAAUGAUUGGAAUCGUGAGAAAUCGGGAGUUCUCCAAACUUUUCAUGAAAAGCACCAUUCGGAGGAACAAACUGGCUGACAUGGCAAAGACAAAAAGGUUGAACCGAAACUUCUUGGAUGUUGUGGAAAAGGCAAAAUGGAUGCAGCAAAUGAGAGAGGACAAAUUGUUCGGUGACGAAGAUUCUCCCGUGGCGGCCCCUCCCUGUAUCACUGAAAUAUCCCUCAGAGAUAUCGGCACUAAAAUAGACUUCAGUGCUCUAAAAAGUCAAAACUAUGAAAGCGAAGUGCAGAGUGGCAAUGACGGGGAUAUAGACGACUCUUGUGAUGAAAACAGAAAUGAAGAAAGUGAUUGGUUUUUAAGUCCUCCACUCCCGACGGAUAUGUGCCCAUACAAAACGUGUGAUCUAGAAAAACAAAGGAGUACUGAGAAUCUCGGUCGGUGUAUUUCCAUACCGGAAGUUAACCGGGAAGAAAUAAGCCCGGAUGUUGGUGACGAGGACACUAGUUCCGAUGGUGAUGAUUCUAUAACGGAACAAACUGAAUUGCUCAUGGCCGACCCCUAUUUACCUGUACAACUUGACCCUCAUCCCAUCCCUAACGGACAUGUACCUAAACAAUUGUCGCUUGAUAAUCAUGAAUCUAUUGAUAAUAUUUCGAGAAUACGAAAUCUAUCAAUAGAUUCUGAAAACAGGGAAUAUCGCCCUUUUAGCCAACGAACUGCUUCCUCUUUCAAUGAAAAUAAAAAGCAAAAUCAUCGAAAGCGGAAAACAUGGCACGAGCUUAAUUCAAGGCGAAGGUCGGACGUGCUACCUGAAAAGUAUGAUGAUAUUACAAAAGAAGAUUUGUUGCUUAUGUGGAAAGCUUCAGAAAUUGACCUUGGGGGCAGACUUGACAGGGUGCUCAGGGAAAAGAACAAACUCGAAAUGAGAAUUGCAAAGCUUGAUGACAAAAACCAAGAUAUCAUAUGA